CUUGUCGCUUGUCACUUGUUAUUUGUCAUCGUAAAAAUCUAAAAUAAAAUUCGAGAAAAUCAAGAUGAAGCGAGCUUUUAGUCCAAGCAUCGACAACAACAAUUCUUUUGUAUUCGGCGGAGUUUCCAAUCCCGAUGCCCACUUGAUCCAACCCAAGAUGCAGGUCGAGAAUGUCCAGGAUCAGACUCCUCCGGUGGCUCCUCCGGUGGCUCUUCUGGUGGCUCCUCCGGUGGCUCCUUCUCUGCCACCGGCUGCUGUCAAAGCUGUCGUUCCGGUGCUGCCCUUGCCUUUUAUCGUCAAGGAGGACCCGCGGGAGCUUGCCAAUAAGGAACCGAAACCCAGAGGAAAGCACUUCCAGAACCGCAAAAAGGCGUCCAAACGCAUUCGGGAAAAGAAGCUGCGCCUGAAUCGCAAGCUGCGCAAGACCAUGACGCCGAAGAACGCCUUGAUGGCCCUCAACGAGGAAAAGGGUAUAAUCAUGGGCAACAUCACCAUAGACCGCCAUCCCGAUGGAGGAUUCACGGCCGUGGUCACGGUGAACUCAAGUCUGUACGAGGGCAAGGGUCUCACCAAAGUGUCCGCCAAGAACGCAGCCUGUGAGAAGGCUUGGCGCGACUUUGUCAUCCGCAAAAUGACCCCUAAGUCAUCCAAGCUGCAACCUGGUGCAGAGUCCAUGGAAACCAACGAGGACGAGGCUGAAGCCCCCGAGGAUGAGAUGCCAAUGCUAAGUCUGGCCUCCUUUGCCAUAUUUAAGCUGUUUGAAGAGUGGAAACGCGAGGGUUUUAUUGUGCCCGAAAUGCGUCCUUCGGCAAAUGUUGCUCAACCAGAUGGAGGCGAAGAUGCUCCCGUGGUGGCAAAGGAGCCCAGGAAGCCGGCAUUGCGCACCAUUUUGCCCCCCGGUUGGGAGACCAUGCACCCAACCAGAAUUCUUUGCGAGAUGCGUCCGGGACUCAAAUACAUUGACCAUGGAUCCACUGUCCAAAAGCAUCAUGUGGUGUAUCAUUUUGGAGUCGUAGUGGACGACAAGGAGUUUUCCGCCAGCGGAAGAUCAAAGAAGCACGCACGACGCAACGUUUCCGUGGAAGUGUGCAACACUCUGUUCGGAACUAUCUUUGCGCUUGACAACACUUCAUAUUAAGGCACUUAUUUCAAAGCGCAGCUAUACCCCGCUAAGCGACCUCAUCUCCAAAAACUUCGGUACUACCGACAAAUACACAACAUUUUAUACUGAUUCUAUA